UAAACAUAUUGCAAAAGAGUCCAGGGAAAGCUCAUAUGUAACAGUGUGCUGACUGGUGCGCAAACAUUUGAGUUUUUCCUUUUGUCUGCAAAACUGAUUUUCAAUCUGAUUUUUCUAAAAUGUCAAAAGAUAUUAAAUAUCUAGUGCUGGAAAACUAUAUAGGUGGGAAGUUUGUACCAUGCUCCAAGCUAAUAGACUCAUUCAACCCAUCGACUGGAACGGUUUAUUGCAAAAUUCCAGAUAGUGGACCUGAAGAGGUUGAUGCUGCAGUGAGGGCGGCCAAAGAGGCCUUUCCUGAUUGGUCAGCUAAGAGUCCAGAAGCGAGGUCCAAAGUGCUGAAUAAACUGGCAGACCUGAUAGAGGCUCGACUGGAGGAGUUUGCCCAGGCUGAGUCUAAAGACCAAGGGAAGGCCAUAACAUUUGCCCGAAAUGUGGACAUUCCACGAGCAGCACACAACUUCCGCUUUUUUGCUUCAUCUGUCCUGCAUCACACUAGUGACUGCAGUCAAAUGGAUCACAUGGGCUGUCUCAACUACACAAUACGUUGUCCUGUAGGAGUAGCUGGUCUUAUAAGCCCAUGGAAUCUGCCACUGUACCUGCUGACCUGGAAGAUUGCCCCGGCUGUUGCUGCAGGCAACACUGUAGUGGCGAAACCCAGUGAAAUGACCUCAGUCACUGCCUGGAUGAUGUGUCAGCUUUUGGAGGAAGCUGGCUUUCCACCUGGAGUGGUCAACAUUGUCUUUGGCACGGGCCCAAGAGCCGGGGAUGCAUUGGUGUCCCACCCUGAUGUGCCGUUGAUCUCAUUCACGGGUGGCACAGCUACAGCAAGGCUGAUAACAGAGCGCAGUGCACCGUACUGUAAGAAGCUUUCGCUGGAGCUUGGUGGGAAAAACCCGGCUAUUAUAUUUGCUGAUGCUGACAUGGAGCAGUGCAUCAGCACUACUGUACGAUCCAGCUUCUCCAAUCAGGGAGAGAUCUGUCUGUGUACCAGCCGAAUCUUUGUUGAGCGGAGCAUUUACCCAGAAUUCCUCACUCGUUUCGUGGAGGCGGCUCGCCGGUGGAAAACCGGAGCGCCCACUGACCCCUCCAAUGACAAUGGAGCGCUCAUCAGCAAAGAGCAUCUACAGAAGGUUAAAGGUUAUGUUGCGUUGGCGCUGAAAGAGGGUGCCCAGGUGCAUUGUGGGGAGGGUGUGGACAAACUUACCCUUCCGGAACAAAAUGCAGGUGGCUAUUUCAUGUUGCCCACCAUCAUCUCUGGGGUGAAAGACUCCUCCGCACUGAUGCAGGAAGAGAUUUUCGGUCCCGUAACCUGCGUGACACCCUUCGAUGAGGAGGAGGAAGUGAUAUCACGGGCCAACGGCGUCCGCUACGGCUUAUCUGCCACGGUGUGGUCCCGAGAUGUGGGGCGCGUGCACAGGGUUGCUAGGAAACUGGAGGCUGGGUUGGUGUGGACCAACUGCUGGCUGGUCAGAGAUUUGAAUCUUCCGUUCGGUGGCAUGAAAAGCUCGGGCAUUGGUCGAGAGGGGGGAGUAGACUCGUACCACUUCUUCACUGAGGUUAAAUCCAUCACCAUUAAACACUGAAACAGGAUGAAGCAAUAUGCGCAUGGACAGUGAGUCACUGCGUGAUUCAUGUGUCAUUUCAAAUCUGUUUACAAAUUAUAGAGGAAGCAGUCAGACUCAAUUUGAUUGGGAAUAAAGUUUAUGAGAAAAUCUAAGUGCUUCAUGGUGUUUAUGGUGAUUGAAUGUGGGUGAAUCAUUUCGGUGGUCUUAAAUUAUCAUGUUCUCUAACAUAUCUUAAAUUUUAGUGCUUGGAAGUUGCUGUUUCAUAGCUCAGACAUAGAAUGGAAUUCUCAGUUCUGCUUUAUUGUAAACUUUGUUUUUCUUGGAAUUUCUUAAAAGCAAUGUGAAACGCACAAAUUAGUUACUUUUUGAUAGAAAAAUAUAGCUGUUUAGAAAACGUUUUGAAUAUGAAUCUCUCUGAAUAAAUAUGAACAUGAAAAUGUUCUGUCUUUGUGUAAAUGAAUGGCGCAGAUCCGCAGUUUCAUUAACUAAAAAUUACAUAUACUGAAGCGCACAUGACAUAAACACACAUUCUCUGGAACUGCUCUGAGAUUCACUUCAUGAGCAUUUUAUAGUUUGUUUUGAGAAAAACUAUUAUUAUAAACUUAAAGGUUGUAGAAAGAAGUUUGGUUUAACUUGAAGAAAAUGUGCCAGAAAAAUAUUACCUAGUGUAGCCCAAUGAUAGCUUUAUUAUUAAAACAUUAAUUGUAAAGGAAUAUUUACCAGAAAAAUUAUUUACCAGAAAAAUUUAAAUACACAACAAAAAAAAAAAGAAAGAAAAUAAUAAUAAA